AUGGAGGCGCAACAGCAGGAGUUGCAGAAGCACCUAAGUACCGAACUGGACUUUGCACAGGCGGACGCCGCUGAGCGUACGCGUGAGUUGACUAUGGCGUCGCACCGUGUGGCUGAGUAUUCCCGCAUGGUAGACCGCCUCAAGGAUAUCAUUGCCGACCAACAGGCGCAGCUACAGGCUGCUGGCGAG